AUGAAAAAUUUAAGAUUAUACAAAAAAUUGAAUAAUUGCUAAAUCACCAUAAAUAGAAUCAAGUCCAAGUUUAGAAUGAGCACAAUUUUGAUAAUUUAUUCAUUUUUUAUACUUGCUUUUACAUUUGCAAAUCUUCUGAUAUGUUUAACUUUGUAAAUCAAUCUAGCAAGCAAUCAAGUUGAAGAUAUCUCUAAUUAGUAAUUAACUUUACAAAAUUCCAAGUGAAUUUCUUAUUUAAUUUAGAGCUUUAAAUUUUCAAUCAUAGGAGACGACUCAUUUAUUUUAGAAUGCUUUUCAAUUGGCUAUAUUAAAAAUGGAAAAAUUAGCCAUUCUUAACCUGCAAGCAUCGAUCUAAAAUAUGGAAUCAAGACAAAAUAUUUCAACUUGCCAAUAGGCUUAGUAGUUUGAUGAAACACUUUAGAAAGUCACCUUAUGUCUCUCAAACUUGGAAGUAUAAAAUCGAUCAACCAGUCAGAACAUACAAUUUAUCUCAUUCCUAAAUGUUUUUGGAGGUUUGAUUUUCACUUUUGACUUCUCGAUUAUUUCUAAGCAGUUAUAUAUUGUUUCUCCUCAUGAUCACUUCCUAACAGCUUAUUAUCCAACAAAAUAGAAGAAUGAAACCAAAGAACUAGUUGAAUAAGAAUGGUUUAUUAACUAUACAACUGUAGUUUUGCAUAGUUCAAAUCCCACCUUCUUUAAGCUCAUUCCUUAUAUUAACCUACCAAAUUAUGAUUAUUUAUUAGCAGGAUUGACUAUGUUAAUGGUCGAUAAAAAUUAUUAAAUCAACGGAAUUGCAGUGUAGAUUUUAAAUUUUCCUUAACUUACCAAAAUCCUUUAUAUGGAAUCUCUAAAUAUAAUCUUAGUGUAUGAAGAUGGUAAAAUUAUGUACACCCAAAGCUUUGUAAAUAAUGGUUUAGAGAAAUAAAUUAGAUAUAUUUUUAAUGAAACUAUCAGUGGUUUUGACUAUUCAGAUUGGGAGCUGAUCAAAUCUUCACUCAAUUUUGUAUAUCCUCUCUACAUUUACAAUAGUCUAUUAAAUUAGAAUGUAUAUCUUAAGGCUAAAUAAAUACCAAAUACUCCUUUGAUAUCGUUGAUGUAUUAUUUCAUAUCUAUCUAGAUUAACUAAUAUAACAUAUGAAAAUGAAAUGUCAAAGCUACUUCAGGAAUAAAUGGAUUCAAUUCUAAAUUGGUAAUUAACUUUAGUCACUUAUACUUCAUCUCUAAGCAUCCUGAUAAUAUUAUUAAGUUUAAUUCCUUUAAGAUCUUUGUUUAAACCAACUUAGGUUGUGAUAGAGAUGAUGAUGAAAUAUUUACUCGGAAAAUUUGAUUAUAAAUUGAAGGAUCAAGUUAUAAGAGAAAACAAGAUCUCCUAAUUAAAUAAUGUUCUUAAUUAAUUGUAUCAAGCUUAUUAGAGGUUAGAUAUUACUUUAAAUUAAUCACAAUAUGUUAAAAACGAACAUUGCCUGCUCAUAGAAAAAUUCUAUUAUUAAUAGCAGACCAGCAAAAUGGGGAGUCAUUCAAUCGAAAAAAUUAUGAAUUAAAAUGAAUAGCUAAGUCUUUAUGAAUUUAAAAAAUUUAUAGCCCUAUAACAAAAUCUUUAAGGUGAAACAAUAAUUUGA